AAAUGUGUGUUGCACUUUUUAGAACUGGUGUGUGUGCAGAAGAUUCAGUAAUGAUGACAUGCUUGUAUCUUGUGUCUGUCGUGUUUCAUGUGGCUGCAGGCUGCACUCUCUCUGGUGAUGAACUGAUAAAAAUCACACGACGCAGAGGUGAUUCAGUGCUGUUACCCUGCUCCUGUUCUGACCUGAACAGAGCCUCAGACCUUCUCAAACAUCAGGAAACCACCUGGUGGACCUCCAGAACAGAACGUUGGACAGAAGUGUUAAAUGAUGAGCACUACCAUGGCAGACUUCAGAUGUUUAAUAACACUUCUCCUGCUAAUCUGUCUCUGUUCAUAUCUGACCUGAGAGUAGAGGAUCAGGGAGAAUACAGGUGCAGCACUGAGAAGGAAGACAGAGACAUCAGGCUUUAUGUGGAUGGCUGUGAGCUGGUGAAGAAGACAGAGGUAGAGCGUGUGACUGUGUUCACAGGAGAGUCUGUAGUUCUGCCCUGCGUCUGCACUGACAUACAGGACAAACCACAGGGUCUAAAAUGGAAGUUUAUUAGAAACAGUCACUAUCAGGAAAUUUACCCAAAACAGACUGGACAUCACAGAAACAGAGUCAAACUGGUCAGUAACAACUCUCCAGGAAACCUCUCUCUACUCAUAUCAGAUCUGACUGAAGAGGACCAGGGAGUCUACAGAUGUUUUGUACAGGCUGAUAGAAAAGAUUUAAGACUAUCUGUUAAAGGAAGAAGAGUAACUUCAAUACACUCAAACAAAACAGACAGAAAACCUCCAUCAGAACAGCCUCAGGGUAAAACAACACACUCCACACCUGCAUCAUCCUCAACAACACUGGAACAAGGUAAAGAGCAAACGCACACACAACUAGCUUUGAUUUUUUGUGUGUGUGUUUUAUUGUUCGUGAUACUCGCUGUAGUGGCAUUAAUUUGUUGGAGAUGCAGAGGAGGAAGAUGUGGAGAGAAAAUGAUUACUGAAGGACAUCAGGACUGUAAGAUAAAGCAGAAGUCACAGACUGUACCUGAUGCUGUUUAUGUUAAUGUGAUGCACGUUAACACUGCCAGAGCAGCACGGUUCCAAAUCAGCGGUGGAGAGGAAAAUGAAUAUGUCAGCAUCAUAAACUAUUAA